UCGCUCAAAAUUAAUGACAAAUGGAUCCAAAAUUUUUCAUUUUUAUCGUUCGUGGAUUGUGCCAGUGAAAAUAUUGCCGAAAUCUCGUCAGUUUCCCACUAGGAUCAUGUAAUUUUUGGGCCGUCAACCACUGGAACGAGUGAACAUUACGAAGCUGUAGAAAUAUGGCCAGUGCCAGCGAGAGCUCCGACGAAUUUUUCGACGCAGAGGAUGACCAUCAUUCGUCGUCCAACAAUCCUUCCAGCGGCAGUGGCAAGAAGCGAUCGCCAAAAACGAAUAUCGACGCGGAAUUCAACUAUCCCGAGCCAUCGUCGUCUGUUGGGACGAUUUCAGAGCUGCAACAGCAGCAACCAACGCAAAUAAUCCAACAUUCACCGGGGGCGGGAACGGCAACAAUUGUACAACACUAUGGCCGGGAUGAGCACAAGUUUGCCGAGCCGAAAGGGAACAGUUCGGUAGAAGGUGUGUAUACGUCGUCACGUACCUCACACCCUUUCAGAGUGAUCGAAGGCGAUGCGCAGAGCAUACAGAGCAUGACUUCGUUGGGCCGUGUUGGACGCAUCCUUGCCGGAAGUGCUAGUGUGGAUGCAAGUGCACUGAGCGUGGGCAAAGAUUCGAUGUAUCUUGGGGGUUCAACAUCGUCAGCACCGCAAUCGUUGAUAGCAGUUCCUUCGUCUUCUUCGCGUGAUACGCAACUUAGCGGCAGUUCAUCCAUUCCUUCUAGUAGUGGUGGUGGUGGCGGCGGAGGAGUUAGUGCUGAGAAUGUCAGCACAGGUAAAUACGAAACCAGUGAUGAUUUACGAAGCUAUCGACAGGGAAACGCCUCUCCCAGUGGACACGAUGCUGAAUAUCGAAUCAACAUGAACGUUCCUCUGCAAGAACCGGAUGUCAUAGCCAGCACUAAACUUGCCCACUCCAAAACAACGGAUAGCUUAACUUGCUCCGGACCGGUGGCCCCGCCGCGUCGAAAAAAGAAAACCCGGAAAUUGUCGAGCAGCUCUUCGGAGCAAUUUAACAUGAAUGAGGGGUUAAAAUUGCCUCCAGCAGAUAGUUCUUCCACGGAGUUAACAGUUAAGCUGCCGCCAGCGCAACAGGAUUGUAGUUCGGAAUCUUCAUCGGCGGGGGUCAUCGGAGCUGCCUAUCAACCAGCUCUUCCUAGUCCAGCCACCAGAGCACUGGAAUCCAUCACGCGAGAAAUUGAAAGCUCUUUCAAAGACUCCGCGGUGGCCGUUGCCAAUGGCAGUCCUGCUAUAAGUGCUACUGGAGAAACCAGUGAACCAAGCAAACUGUUAACCGGGUCAAUGGGUCGAAUAUCGAACUCGUUGGGAAACAGUUCAGCGUCCGUUUAUUCUAAACCUAGUCCAUCGAAUAGCGUUAAGAGCAACUCAGCACCUGCUCGAGUCAGUUCGAUAGAUCCGUCGCAGGGAUUGAAUAUUUAUAAGGCUACCAAAGGACAAUACGUUGUUAAGCCAACGGAUGGUGCUUUUAAUAAGGCGGAAGGUCCAUCGCGAGAAGAAAUUGAACGUGUUGAGAGAAUUAGGCAAGAAAUUAUGGGCAAAACAGCUUCAACUAGGGCCAGUUUAUCGGGGACAGGUACCAAUAGUUUGGGAAGUGGAACUAGAUACAGUUCAUCCCUAGCAAAGCACAUGCAUCUAAAAGAGCGGAGGAAAUCUGCAGGUGAUGAAGAUAUGUUCAAACAGUUGAACAUCUACGUCAAAACUCGAACCGACUCCGGCAAACAGCUGACAGACAUGGAAAUCUUGGAACAGAUUCCGGUAAAAAAUCUGGAUACCGGAGAAAACUUCCCCUUAUCUGCGGUGGAAGAAAAACUUCCGCAGUGCAUUAAUCCACUGUCCUUGCAUAUAAUGCGACUAACUAGCCAUAUUCCGGAAUCGGAUGAAGAGUCAGUUGGACCUGCACCGGGUUCAGAAGCACCCCCUGGGUAUGAGGAGGAUCUUGAAAUCGAGGAAGAAGGUGGACGGCUCAAAAAGAAAACGGCAAAAAUCAAGCGAUUCUUCCGGUCGACCGCCAAGAAAACAGUGGACAAGGCUAAAUCUAUUGCAUCGGAGGUGUCGCACGCAAGGCACAAAGAAGAUGUAGCAGAUAUUGAAGACGUUAUGAACCCUGAGCAGAAUAUCAAAAUCAAAGCAUCGAGCACAAACAAAGGACCAUACGAAUUUGCAAAACUUCAGCAUGUCCAGGACCUCUCGGGGGAGCACACGGGGGCUGUGUGGUGUAUGAAGUUCAGUUCUUGUGGGCGGCUUCUGGCCACGGCUGGUCAAGAUCGUGUUCUCCGGAUCUGGGUACUGAAGGAUGCUUUCCCAUUCUUCCAAGACAUGCGCACAAAAUACAACGCAGCUGAUCAGAAAUCUUCUCCAACCCCAUCACAAGAAUCACUAGUCUCUCACCACUCGGCCGAGGAGGCCAUCGCUUUGGCUAUGGCUGCUGAAAAAUCUCCCGGUCCGUUUAUGCCCAAAUCGUUCUGUACAUACUCUGGCCAUACAUCGGAUCUACUGGACGUCUCGUGGUCGAAAAAUUACUUCAUUCUGUCCAGCUCGAUGGACAAAACCGUGCGGCUAUGGCACAUCUCUCGUAAGGAGUGCCUUUGCUGUUUCCAACAUAUCGAUUUCGUAACGGCCAUUGCAUUCCACCCGCGCGAUGAUCGGUAUUUCCUCAGUGGAAGUUUGGACGGCAAGUUGCGACUGUGGAACAUUCCCGACAAAAAGGUCGCACUGUGGAAUGAGGUGGACGGGCAGACGAAACUGAUUACUGCGGCCAAUUUCUGCCAGAAUGGUAAAUUCGCUGUGGUUGGAUCUUACGACGGGCGAUGUUUGUUCUACAACACUGAUCAGUUGAAGUACCACACGCAGAUCCAUGUUCGUUCUACGAGGGGAAAGAAUGCCAUUGGUAGGAAAAUCAGCGGGAUCGAACCUAUGCCCGGUGAAGACAAAAUUCUAGUAACUUCAAACGACAGCCGAAUUCGCUUGUACGAUCUGAGGGAUUUGAACUUAAGUUGCAAGUACAAGGGUUACUUGAAUGUGUCCUCCCAGAUCAAGGCUUCUUUCUCGCAUGAUGGCAAAUACAUUAUAUCAGGUUCGGAGAAUCAGAUGAUCUACAUUUGGAAAACACAUCACGAUUAUGCGAAGCUAAGUUCGGUUCGCCGAGAUCGAAGUGAUUUCUGGGAGGGUAUCAAAGCACACAACGCGACAGUUACCUGCGCAAUCUUCGCGCCACAUCCGGAAGCAAUUAUAAAACCCGAACCAGACGAUGAAAUCAAUGCAGACAAUAUCUCGGUUACUCAUCCAGCGGAUCCACUGGUGGAACAACGCAAGAAGGGCUGCGGUGGAUACGUGCUGGUAAGUGCAGAUUUUAACGGUUGUAUCAAAGUGUUUAUCAAUAAGACCAAGCCGAAGCACAGCAGCUUACCGUACACGGCUAUACUGGAUUAAAGAUGAGUAUGGAUGUUACAUAUUUCUUUUGGGAAAACUAUUUAUGUCGAGUAACAACAUGAUCAAAGUUAUAGUUUAGAUCAAAAUCAAACGAUAUUCAAAUUGUGAAACGCAAGAAACUGAAUAACACACAUGUCACGAUUGCACAGAUGCACGAAUGAUGAUGAUAUUAUGUCGUAGUUUUUUUUUAUUGAUAUAGACUUGUUCGCGAGGUACACUCAUCAACACCAAAUAACCUUAGGGGUAGGCUAGCUGGGCGUGGCGCAAAAUGCUUAUUGGAUGUUGAGUAGUCACAAUGAAUCAAAAUGAAAAGUGCAGUUACAGCUAAUUAGAACGCAUUUUAUGGGAAUCGUCUUUUGAUCAUGAUUGAACAUUUUUGUUGAACAAUUUGGGUGUCCUUAUCGCUUUGUGUUGGUUUUUGAACACUGAUAGUGAAUCGUGAAUCUACUAGUGUCAGUUGUUUAAUAUUGGAGUGUUGUAAUGCAAAUAGGAAAAAUAAACAUUUUGUGUAAUUCUUCCCUUAUUGUUAAUCUCGACGACAUGUUACGCACAUUUAAAAGGAACCCCUUCCGCCGUAUUGCUAGAAGUUAUCCUGCCCUUCCUUGAACAGUAAAACCCAGUUCAGUUUGAAGAAAUGGGGGUGUGUUAUAUUUUGGUUUAUUCGUUGAGCUAAUAGGGUUUAAAAUUUUGGAUAUUCGUGGUUAACAAUUGUCACCCACUAUAUGGCACUCGGCGUACAUGCUCCUGGAAUCAGAAAAGAAGCAACUAAUGUAAACGUAAUGUACAUUUACUGUUACGAAACUGUGUAGAUCACCAGACGAUGUUUAUUUAAUUUAUUAAAUGUGUAUAUAUAAAACUAAA